UCUGCGCGGAGAAAGCAAUGUCCCCCUCUCCUCACGCCGCCACUGCUACGCGAGAGGGAGACUGAUGAUUGGACGUCCGGUGCUUAUCGCUAUAACCCUCCCCAGCAGACAUGCGAGUUGCGUGUCUGUGGCUGUCCCUCACCUAUUUGGCCACCAGCCUCGACGGGUUGGGGGCACGGGAAUACAACAACUCAACCAUUUUCGGCGGGGGUCUAUUUGUGGAUGCAGAAGGGCUGCUGAACCUGUCAGACCCGUACAAGCCCAACCGGACAAAUGUCUUCUCGCUUGACCUGGACGAGGGCACGCUCGCGGACUGGCGCUCCAUGGCAGUUAAAAAUUGCUACGGUGGAGAGUCCCAUAACCGGACCGUGAAAUCCCUACUGGUCCUGGCUUACUCGUUCAUCAUUGUCAUCUCGCUGUUCGGAAACACGCUGGUGUGCCAUGUGGUGACCAAGAACAAGCGGAUGCACUCCGCCACGAGUCUGUUCAUCAUUAACCUCGCAGUGGCAGACAUUCUUAUCACGCUGCUCAACAUGCCCUUUACUUUGGUCCGUUUUGUAAAUAGCAGCUGGUGGUUCGGGAAGGGAAUGUGCCACAUCAGCCGGUUCGUCCAGUAUUGCUCCCUGCACGUAUCCACGCUCACGCUCACGGCAAUCGCGCUGGACAGACGCCAGGUCAUUCUCCACCCUCUGAGGCCCCGCAUGUCCCCGGCUCGCGGUGUUGUGUGUGUGAUUCUUAUCUGGGUCAUGGCCAGCUGCUUCUCCUUGCCUCAUGCCAUCUACCAGAAGCUCCUAACCUUCGUGUACAGCAAGGAGAAGGUGCGCAGCCUUUGUGUCCCCGACUUCCCCGAGCCCUCUGACAUCUACUGGCAGUGCAUUGACCUCCUCACCUUCAUCCUACUCUACGUCCUACCCCUCCUCAUCAUCACCGCCGCCUACUCAACUGUGGCACACCGCCUUUGGCGCCGUAACGCUAUCGGGGACACCACCACUGAGCAGUUCGCUGUGCAGCGGCGGAAGCGGCGCCGCACCCUGGCUAUGUUGUUGGCGGUUGUUGGGGUGUUCGCGGUAUGCUGGUUCCCUCUGAACUGCUACGUGGUGCUUCUCUCCAGCCAGGCCAUUCAGUCAUCCAAUGCCUUGUACUUCUGUUUUCAUUGGCUGGCGAUGAGCUCGACGUGUUACAAUCCCUUCAUCUACUGUUGUCUGAACCCCGCCUUCCGCCAGGAGCUAAGGCUAUUAUUGGGUAUGUGCCGGAGGAGGGGGAGUGGAGGGGUGGGGCCGGUGCUGGUGGCUCCACCCUCCUAUGCACUCUGCCACAGAGCCGCCUGGCCGGAGAGCCGCACCUGUUCUCGACCGAGUCACGCCUCUUCAAACCCAAGCCACGCCUCUUCUCGGCCAAGCCACUCCUUGUCCUCUCACCAGCCUCCUAAAGUCAGGCAUGUCCUUUUCUCUGCUAGACAUGCCAAUAAAACAGACAUCCUAUCAGUGGAGCCUAUAGUAGCUGUCAGUUAACUACAACUACCAGAAUGCACUUGGGUUGGGAUUGAGUGAAUGAUUGAGUUUAUUUGACAAUUAAAGACAUGUAAAGUUGCUGCAUUUGGUGGUGAGUCCUGUUGAAGGACUACGUUAUUGGCUAAAGACAGUUGGGGCUCUAGAACAGGAAAUGUAUCAUCGCACUGGAGGUCUGGAGCUUAGGGCUGACACAACCCGUCCUGGCUGGAUGCUUACUUUAGCCCGGCAAGGGCGGAGCGCUGGCACAGGACGAACUGGGCUGUGCAGGCGCACUGGCGACACAGUGCAUAGAACUGUGGAAAACUAAGGAAAAUGCCGCUGCACAGCUUCCUGAAAACAGUCCCUUUCAACCUAGGGAUUUUGUGGCUAAUUGACAUAAAAUAGUAAUUCUGCUCAUAGAUUGUUUAUGUACUGUAUGUAUACAUAUUGACACAUGCAGCCCAAAGCGGGAGGUUAAAAAAAGACUUAAAAAAUACUAGUUGCCAAAGUACCAGAGCAUAAAUAUGCUUUCAGUUGGAUAAAUGAAUGAAAGUAACAGACCAAACCUUUUAAGAACUGAUUGAGUUCAGCACUGUGCGAAAUAAGAAAGUGGUAAACUAUACUUGACGGAAGGAACCCUAUAGGCCUGGUCAAAAAUAGUGCACUAAAGGGGAAUAGGGUGCCAUUUGGGACACUUCCUAUAAUGAGAAUGCUACUGCUUGAAUGCUACAUUAUGCAUUAGCUUGUUGGAAAUUAGGCACUCAGUAACCUCGUCCGCAGACUAAAUUACAGAGAGAGUCGGCCGGUGGUCGAGAUGAGGCACUCAAAGGGUUCUGUCAAAGGGUUCUGUGAUACUGUUGAUGGUACUGUUAACCAGAACUGGAUAUAAUUGUAUUUGUUUUCUUUAAAAUACUUUAUCCGUUUGAUUUAGCUGAUCAAGAGCACCAGGUGGGUGGGGUUUGCACUUUGGUGACUAUUCUAUUGUAGGGCAAGCUAAAUCAUGCGCACUUAAAGUAUGGGAAAUAAAACAAGUUCCUCUUUCACCAUGCUUGUGUUUAUGUUUGGCUUCAUUAAAGUUGUUCUUGUUUUGAAUGUUUUGAAUGUUGAUGCCUGGGUAUAAUGUUAGUUGGUGGUAACAACAGGCAUGAGCAUCUGUAUUAUUAUGGUUUUGUGAUGUAAAUGUGAUGUGGGAUCUUAAUUGUGAAUUCUCCCUCUCUCUGUCUGUGCUUUCUGAGAUCCAUUGCCUUAACUCAUAGUGCACAUAAACUCAGCAAAAAAAGAAACGUCCUCUCACUGUCAACUGCAUUUAUAUUCAGCAAAUUUAACGUGUAAAUAUUUGUAUGAACAUAAGAUUCAACAACUGAGACAUAAACUGAACAAGUUCCACAGACAUGUGACUAACAGAAAUGGAAUAAUGUGUUGAACAAAGGGGGGGUCAGUAUUUGGUGAGGCCAGCAGCUGCAUUAAGUACUGCAGUGCAUCUCCUGCUCAUAGACUGCACCACAUUUGCAAAUUCUUGCUGUGAGUUGUUACCCCACUCUUCCACCAAGGCACCUGCAAGUUC